CAACAGCCUCAAACGUGGAUAAGAUAGAAAGAUAAAUAUAUUCCUUGUGUUAUGCAGCAGCCAGCAGCAACAUUAAAAAAAACAAAAGCGUGGUCGUUGCAUUUUCCUCCCUUUCUCGUGCUUCCAUUUCAAACCCCCCAUAACGAACAACCACGAAAUGCACCUCCCCAUUAUUACUAUCUCUCUCCUCUCUUUCUAAUUUCCGAGCUACCAUACGAAGAUGUCCGUUGAAGCAACCAGAAGGGUUACCGUUUUAUGUUCCCAUCUCAACACGACCCGUUUAACUUCGGAUCCACGCUCUUCCUCCCUCUCGGGUUCGGUUUGCUCCGAAACCCGAUUAGAUGAUACUCAAAAUCAGAAUUCGUUACACGAUUGCGUCUUUUGCAACAUUAUUCGUGGUCAAUCACCUGCUCUCAAGCUUUAUGAAGAUGACAUGUGCCUAUGCAUAUUGGAUACAAAUCCGUUGAGUCAUGGGCACUCUCUCAUUAUCCCGAAAUCUCACUUCCCUUCAUUGGAUGCUACUCCUUCAUCAGUGGUAGGUGCAAUGUGUUCCAAAGUGCCCUUCAUUAGCAAUGCAAUCAUGAAGGCUACUGGCUGCAAUUCAUUCAACCUGUUGAUUAAUAAUGGAGAAGCUGCCGGCCAAGUAAUAUUUCAUACUCAUAUCCACAUAAUACCCCGUAAAGCAUACGAUUGCUUGUGGACUUCUGAGAGUUUGCUAAGGCGUCCCCUUAAUUUAGAUGAUGAGAAAGUUUCUAAGCUUGCAGCUUGUAUUCAAGAACAGUUGUUGGUAUCAGACAUUUGCCAAGAUAGUAAGAAUGAAGAUUUUUGUUCAACCAAAAGUUAGUGGCAUUAUUCAUCUGUUGUAACAUUAUUAUUUUCAUUUAGAGGAAUGAUACAAGCACUUGAUAUUGUGUGCAUACAUCAAUUCUCGUGCAUGUGUAUGUGUACGUGUACAGUCAAUUUUUGUGUGAGGGAUUACUAGAGGUGAGAUUUCAAUAAUUAUUUGUUGAUAUUUCUAUGCACAGAAGUGUGAUAUCAGAUUAUCCAAAUUUGUGAUUUCCUCUCUGCACUCUCAAUUAUUAUCAAUCAAUUUCGCCCAGUUAUUUUCUUUA